AUGCCCCUACCCUCCGCACCACCACCACCUUCUUCGUCUCCUCCGGCACCGGCCCGACGUCACGCUUCGUGCCCACCUCGAGUGCUGACCAUCGCCGGCUCCGACUCGGGUGCAGGCGCAGGGAUCCAAGCCGACCUCAAGACGAUCGCCGCUCUAGGCUGUUAUGGCACCUGCAGCAUCACCGCCUUGACCGCGCAAAACACCUUGGGCGUGCAAGCCGUCGAGGGUGUGAGGACGGCGAUCGUCGUGCAACAGUUGAAGAGCGUCGUCGAGGACAUUGGCGUCGAUGCGAUCAAAACCGGUGAGGGACCGUGCUUGAUUCCCGGAAAAGUGGUGAACGAAUACACCAACGAAUCUUCUUCGCGUCUUCCUCAGGCAUGCUGUACUCUUCCGAGACGAUCAAGGCGAUCGCCGAAUAUCUCGGUGCAACAUUUUCGUCGAGCUCAGCCUCGACUUCAACCCCCACGAUGGACCAUCCUACCGUGCCGCUCGUGUUGGACCCCGUAUGCGUUGCAACCUCGGGCCACCAACUGCUCCCAUUCGACGCCUUGGACUCGCUGAAGAAGCACCUCAUCCCGCUAGCGACGAUCAUCACGCCGAACAUACCCGAAGCCGAGCUGCUCUCCUCCUCGGAACCAGGCUCGAUCCGCUCCGUCGACGAUAUGAGAAACUGUGCGAUCCGUCUGGGUCAAUUGGGCGUACGAUGGGUCUAUCUCAAGGGCGGGCAUAUGCCCUUGACGAACGGGAACUCGGGCACCGAGAAAUUCGUCGUCGAUCUCUUGUGGGACUCGGUCGAGCGCAAGGAGGUGUUGGCGCAGCGGAGGUGGUACGACUCUAAAAACACCCACGGGACGGGGUGUACGCUCUCGAGCGCGAUUGCAUCGUACCUCGCCAAGGGAUUCUCUGGCAAGUUUUAAGCGGCUCGGAAAUGCCGAAACCACGUGACCUGACCCUUCUGCUCGGGUAUCUUCCUCCGCAGUCCCCGAAGCGGUCAAAGUCGCCGCGGAUUAUGUCGCUACGGCGAUUGCGACGUCGUACCCGCUGGGGAGCGGCUCUGGCCCCGUUCAUCACUUCCAUGCCCUCGGCCAGAGAUCACUACCGCUGUGAGCGAAAAGCACCUCGUCGUUUACCGAGCAAAGCGACCUGAACUCACCUCCUGUACACUCCCUUCCCACAGACCGACCCCACUCUCUCCGACCCCUCUCGUCGACUUCCUCACCUCGUAUUCCCCCUCGACCUGGUCCCGCUACGUCAACCACCCCUUUCCUCGCUCCCUCGCCGACGGGACCUGCCCCCUGCCGAGCUUUUUAGAGUUCAUCACGCAGGAUUAUCACUUCUUGAUCCAUUACGCGAGGACAAACGCGUUGAUGGGGUACAAAGGUUUGGACGUCGAGGAUAUGAGAGGUAGUAGCAAGAUCGUCGAGACCGUACUGAGAGAGACCGAGAGUGAAUUCUAAUCUUUGUGCGAACGAACGCCGUCUCUAUGCCUAAUCGCUGACUCUUGCCCCCCCAUCCCUCCCCUCCCCUCCCCCGCUUUUUUGUCCCUUCAGUGCACGUGCAAUACUGCGAACAGUACAACAUCUCGCGCUCGACCCUUCUCUCCAUCCCCGAAUCGCUCGCGAACCUCGCCUACAAUCGUUACGUCCUCGACACCUGCUCGCGUGGUGACCUCCUCGACGCGCGCAUCGUCACCUUCCCUUGUCUACUAGGUUACGGUCAAGUAGGUCAAAACCUCAAAGCAUGGGAAGGUAGAGUCAGCGAUGGGGAAAAGAAUCGGUACUGGAGUUGGAUCGAGACGUAUUCGGGAGAUUGGUACCAAGAAGCCGUGAGGACGGGGACGGAGUUGUUGGAAAGCUCAUUGGCCGGGUCACCGGUUUCGAGUACGAGGUUGGUCGAAUUGGCGGAGACUUUCAAGACGGCGACGAUAUUGGAGAUUGCUUUUUGGGAUGCCGCCGUCGAUGCGGCGGGGGAGGAAAAAAAGUGGACCGAAUUGGCGACAACGACGACCCAGACGUGA